AUGGCGGCGUCACUAGCAUUUCGCCAUUUUGACGGCGAAUCGGAAGAAUGGGAGCUCUACAAAGAACAGUUGGAGCAAUAUUUCGUGAGCAACGGUGUGAAAGAAGAAGUGAAGAAAGCCUUGCUGAUUAAUCAACUGAGUGCGAAAACGUAUAAGCUACUGCGUGAUUUGUGCACCCCCGAUCAACCUAAGGACAAGUCGUAUGCUGACUUAUGUAAUCUGUUGUCGACGCAUUUUACACCGCCAGUGAUUAUUCACAAGGAUCGACGGGUUUUUGCUCGAGCCAAAAGGGGAGAGAAUGGCUCAGAAACGGUAAACGAAUGGAUUGUGAGACUGAAAAAUCUGGCUGCUAGUUGCAAAUUCGGUGUUCAUCUGCAACAUAAUUUGGUGAACAAAUUUAUCGAUGGCUUGGACGGAAAGGCUUACGAUAGAAUUUGCGAGGAGAACGAGAACCUGACGUUGGAGAGAGCGCAAGAAAUUGCGUUGAAAUACGAGAUCGAGAGUGCAUCACAGAUAUCGCACCAAUACUAUGUGAAAGGUAAAAGUGAUGUGUAUUCCAACUGGAAAAAGAAGGCCGAUUCAUCUCAGCCACCGCAGCGGAAGCGAGAAAGCAUGAAGUGUUUUGCUUGCAACGAAUCUGGCCAUUUUUGGCGGGUUUGUCGUUUUCGAGAGUAUGUGUGUAAAAAGUGCAACAAGAAGGGCCACAUUCGAGCAGCGUGUGGUAUACAACGAGCAAAUUAUGUUGCUGAAGGGCUUGAUGGAGAAAAAGCGGGAUUGGGGGAGGAGAGCCAAUCGGUUGUACAGGAAAAUUAUUUGAGUGAGUCGAAAGCAAUUGAAAUUUAUUCGAUUGAUGGCGUAAAAGAAAUCGAACGACCAAUCAAGCUGGAAGUGUUUAUUGGGGGUGAAAAGUAUGCCAUGGAAUUGGACACAGGUGCGGCAAUAUCGGUGGUUUCUUGGGAUUUCUUCGUGAAAUAUUUGAGCCAUUGCGAGUUGCGUAAAACGAUGGUGAAACUGGUGGGCUAUGAUGGAAGAGCAUUGCUAGUGAAGGGGGCAAUCAGUCCAAGUGUGAAGUUCGAAAAUAAGGAAAAAUCGGUGGUUUUCGUUGUUGUUGAAAAAGGUGGUCCUCCGUUAGUGGGGCGAAAUUUCGUAAGGGCUUUUGGUAUUCAGUUUUCGGUGAUCAAAAACAUCCAGCAGUGCAAUGAUAUGGAUCUAAGUAAAUUGAUUGAGAAAUAUUCAGAGUUGUUUUCGAACAAGUUGGGGUGUUACAAGUACCGUGAGGUGAAAAUUGAAGUGGACGAAAAAGCAACACCAAUUUUUAAGAAUCCUCGGCCAGUUCCUUUUAAAUUUCGAGACCUUAUGGCACAGGAAUUGGAUAAUAUGGAAAACCUGGGAAUAAUAUCGAAGUGCAACACAUCGUUGUGGGGAACGCCACUUGUACCGGUACUGAAAUCAGAUGGCAGUUUGCGACUAUGUGGCGAUUACAAAGUAACUGUUAAUAGGGAAGUGAAAGAUGUGAAGCACCCAUUACCAACUGUAGACGAGAUUUUGACGAAACUUAAUGGGGCGCAAUAUUUCUCAAAACUGGAUUUAUCUAAAUGUUACAAUCAAUUCAUGCUGGAUGUGUCUUCGAGAGACUUAUGUGCGAUUUCAACGAUCCAAGGGGUUUAUCGAAUGAAUCGGUUGCCUUUCGGAAUAAGGCCGGCCUCUGGCAUUGUUCAAAAAGAGUUGGAGAAGUUGCUAUCUGGUAUCGAAGGUGUUCAAAAUUUCUUGGACGAUAUUGUGGUUACGGGAAGCACGAAGCGAGAACAUUUGACAAGAUUGGGGCUGGUAUUCCAAGCGUUACUUUGUGCGGGUUUGAAAUUGAAUAAAGAAAAAUGUGAAUUUUUCAAGUCGGGGAUAACGUUUUUGGGAUAUACGAUAGACAAAAACGGGGUUCGGAAAACGGAUGAUAGAAUUAGAGCUAUAAGGGAUGCCAGAGAGCCGCAAAAUGUCACCGAAGUGCGAGCUUUCGCUGGUCUCGUGAACUAUUAUGCGAGGUUUGUGAGGGAUGUGGCAAGCAUAAUGGCUCCUAUGUAUGUGUUACUGAGGAAGGGAGAGACAUUUGUGUGGACCAACGAAUGCAGCGUAGCGUUCAAACGGAUCAAGGACGAGAUUUGUAAGGAUGUUUCACUCGCUCAUUUUGAUCCCAGUUUAGAAAUCAUUUUAAUUUGUGAUGCAUCGAAUGAAGGAGUGUCCGCCGUGCUUAGUCAGAAGAGUAAAACAGGCAUUGAAAGGCCAGUGGCUUAUGCUUCUCGUAUUUUACAUUCAUCUGAAAAGAACUACAGUGUCAUAGAUAAAGAAGCACUGGCUAUUAUGUAUGGUGUGAACAAAUUUUUCUUGUACUUGGUGGGAAAUAGAUUCCUGAUAAGAACAGAUCAUAAACCACUCCUUAGAUUGUUACACCCUCAGAAAGGUGUUCCGACAAUCGCAGCUAGUAGAAUGCAAAGGUGGGCUCAUUUUUUGUCUGGUUUUAAUUAUGGCAUCGAACACGUGAAGUCGGAGCAAAACAUAGCUGAUUUUGCAUCACGCUUUCCAACGGAAUCUUGGAAGCUUUGGAAGGAAGAGGAUUCUUAUUUGAACUUCAUUAACCAAGAAACUGUUGAUCCGUUGACUGUGCAAACAUUGAUCACUGAGUCGAAAAACGACUGCGAGAUACAUAUAGUUACAAAGGUUUUACGUGGUGAGGCAUCUUUAAGUGAAUUGAAAGACAGUCCAUAUAAAACUGUUUUUGACGAGCUUUCACUAGAAAAUGGAGUCGUAAUGCGUGGACACAGAGUCGUAGUUCCAAAGGCUUUAAGAAGUUUGGUAUUGGCACAAAUACAUCAGUCGCAUCUCGGUAUCGUGAAGUGUAAAAGUGUCGCGCGCUCGAGUGUAUGGUGGCCGGGUAUUGAUGUUCAGCUGGAAGAUUAUGUACGAAACUGUUCGGUGUGUCUUUUCAAUACUCAAAGUCCACCAAAGGCCAAACUGAUUCCUUGGAGUUCACCCCGAAAGGUUUGGAGUCGUGUACAUGUGGAUUUCGCGGGGCCUGUAAAAGGAAUGAGUUUUCUUUUGAUCGUUGAUGCGCUUUCUAAAUGGGUAGAGGUUUUUCCUACAAAAAACUGUACAUCCGCAUUUGUUUUGGAAAAACUAACCGAGUGUAUUGCGAGGUUUGGAUUGUUUGAUGAAUUAGUAAGUGAUAACGGUACACAGUUCUUAGCUUCCGAUAUUCAAAAAUUCCUCAAGGCAAAUGGUAUUACCCAUAAGCUCACAAGUCCGGGUCAUCCUUCUACUAAUGGUGCGGCAGAAAACAUGGUGAAGACUUUCAAGAACUCUCUAAUUAAGUGUUUGCAAGAGGGGAAGAAAUGUGUGAGUAGUAUUGUUACAAACUUCUUGAUUGGUUAUCGAAAGGCUAAUCACUGCACUACCGAGGUGUCUCCGGCUCAAAUGAUGUUGGGAAGAGACAUUAGAACGACGUUGGAUUUGUUGAAGCCGAGUAUUUUGACGGAAGAUAAUCAGGUGGCUGUCUCGGUUAAGGAACGAAUUGCUCAGAAACAGCAAUCUCAAAUGCGCAAUUAUCGUGGGACUCGGGUAGAAACAUUUGAGAUAGGGGAGAGGGUUAUUUCUAGAGACUAUAGUAAUCCGAAUAAAGUGUCGUGGACCCCAGCGAUUGUGACAUCUAUCUCAGGACCGAGAAACUAUUAUGUUCGGCUAGAGCAUUCCGGGCGCAUUAUAAAACGUCACCUUGAUCAGCUAAAAAAGGACACUCGACUGUUGGGGAGCGGAGAACUGGUUGUUUCCCCGAAAGAACCAAAGCCGGGGUCAUCUUCAAUAGCCACAGCGUCGAUGCCGGUGAAAAGAUCUUUCAACUCAGGUUUAGUUGUUGAUAACGUGUCUGCAAGUCCAUCGGGUUCCGUCGUAAAUAACGAAGAGAGUGUAGUGGAUACAGUACCUGAAAUUGACAGAACUAAGGAAGUGCCCCUUAAUACGAAUGGUUCUGUUGAGCGAGAAGUUGAGGAACUAAGCUCAGCUGAAAAUGAAGGCUAUUUCACCCCAAAUGAAGAAGAUAGCUCAGAACAAGAAGAAGGGUUUUCGAGCGAAGAUGAUGCUGAAGCUGGAUUGGUCGUUAGUGGUUUCGCCAGAGGUUUCUGGAGACUGCGAGACAAGCAAGGAAGAAUUUUCAAAGGUUAA